AUGUCAUAUAAUAACAGCAUUUCUGAGAAAGAUCAAUCGGCUUUCCCAACAAUUACGGUACUUGACGUAUCAGAAGAAAAACGUUAUGACAAUAAACUACCACUAAGAAACUGUUGUGGUUGUAUAACAGAACAAGGAAAUGCUGUAUUGUUACGUCGUCUAUCAGUUGUUCUUUGGAUUUUCACUGUUUUAAUGUUUAAGUUCAGCAUCUCUGUUUACAUUACUGAAGUAGUCUUUAAAGAUGAAUAUGUACAAGCCUGUCUUUCAGCACAACGAGAAAAUGAAGAUAAGGGCUUAAAUGCAUCUAAUUGGGAAU